GGCGCAUCUUCCAUUCCUUGCAUUUCGCUCGCGCAUGCAUAUUCGCAAUGUUUCAGAUGAGAUCUGAACUUGCGUACAUACAGGUUGUUCGAGAGUUUCAGGCGAGAAAAGCGGCAAGAUACUGGUCUCCGAUAUAUCAACGACUACGUUCAUUUCCAUUCGCCCCUCGAAGCCUGGCACGUGGUUUUUGGUGUUGGUCUGUAGUUGGAUUUUCUUCGUUUUCCCGGCACGCGAAAUUAGUGAAAAGAAAGAAGCUUAAUUGAAUUUGAUCCGUAAAAUGGCUGAUCUUGACGAAUGGAAUAGCGACGAAGACACUUCGAAUAAUUAUCAAGAAAUACAGACUCAGAAUUAUGUUCGUGGUGGUCGUGGAUCCAGGUCAGGAUAUGGUGACCGAGGACAGUCUGAUCACAGAUCUGCUAAUGGAAAUUGGAGAAGUAAUGGUGAAUCUCAAAGAGGAAGAGGAAACGGAGGGAGGGAUCGUGGCCAGCGUUCGGAGAGGAAUAAUAGAAACGACUCCUCGUCUAAUGGGCUGGAAAUAUUAAUAGAUUCAAGCAAGGUUGGCAAGCUUAUCGGCAGAGGAGGCUGCAAAAUUAAAGAGUUGCAGGAGCAAAGUGGUGCUAGAAUUAACGUUGGUAAGCCCGAAGAUAGUAUGAGUACGACGGUAACUUUGGUUGGUUCUGAAGAAGCGCAGCAAAAGGCCAAGGAAUUGAUCGAUGAACUAUUAACAGAAAAACCGCCACCGCCACCACCACAACAGAAAGAAAAUGUUGAUGCUGAACCAGAAAUGGACUUUACAAACUUUGACUGGACUAAAGCCAAUGAGGAAUAUGCGAAAUGUCAGCUGGAAAGAUGGGCAAAAUGUCCCAAGCUUAUCAAGAACUUUUACCAUGAAGAUCCAGUUGUGGCUAACAUGCCAAAAGAUCAAGUAGCUCAGUUCAGAAAGAAAAACAACGACAUUAUGGUUUGCAUUUUUGAAGAGGCAGCAGAAAAUGAUGAAAAAUUCAGUAAUCCAGAGAUACCAAAUCCUGUUCAAACUUUCGAUCAAGCAUUCAAGGACUACCCUGAAAUUAUGGAAGAAAUCCUAAAGCAGGGAUUUGCUACUCCCAGUCCCAUUCAGUGCCAAGCCUGGCCCAUCCUCCUUUCCGGCAAGGACCUCAUUGGGAUAGCACAGACUGGAACAGGAAAAACCCUGGCAUUUCUCUUGCCUGCUUUAAUACAUAUAGAAGGUCAACCCAUUCCGCGAUCUGAGCGCGGUGGACCAAACGUACUCGUUAUGGCACCAACAAGAGAGUUGGCUCUUCAGAUUGAACAGGAAGUUGCAAAGUACUCUUAUCGCGGAAUCAAAGCGGUGUGCUUGUACGGAGGUGGUAGCCGCAAAGAACAAGUCGACAUAGUUUCCCGCGGAGUUGAGAUAGUAAUUGCUACGCCUGGAAGGUUGAACGACCUUGUCCAAGCCGGUAUUGUGGAUGUCACAACUAUCACUUAUCUUGUCCUUGAUGAGGCAGAUCGCAUGCUGGAUAUGGGUUUCGAACCACAAAUCAGAAAAACUCUAUUAGAUAUCAGGCCUGAUCGCCAAACUGUUAUGACGAGUGCAACUUGGCCACCUGGGGUUCGGCGCUUGGCACAAUCGUACAUGAAAGACCCUCUACAAGUUUACGUAGGCUCCUUAGAUUUGGCUGCUGUACAUUCCGUAAUGCAGACAAUUCUCGUUGUAGAUGACUCUGAAAAAAACGAAAUGUUAUUUGAGUUCUUCAACAACAUGGGUCCCGACGACAAAGUUAUAGUGUUUGUUGGCAAAAAGUCACGAGUGGAUGAUUUGGCCAGUGACUUGGCGCUAAAGGGCAUCAGCUGUCAAAGUAUUCAUGGUGGACGGGAGCAGUGCGAUAGAGAACAAGCACUCGAAGACAUAAAAUCAGGUGAAGUUCGGAUUCUCAUCGCCACAGACGUUGCCAGCAGAGGAAUAGACAUCGAAGAUAUUACGCACGUGUAUAACUACGAUUUUCCGCGGGAUAUUGAAGAAUACGUGCAUAGAGUCGGCCGAACGGGACGUGCUGGUCGAUCAGGAGAGAGUAUCAGUUUAAUGACUAGAAGUGACUGGUCCCAUGCCAAAGAGCUAAUCCGGAUACUCGAAGAAGCUAAUCAGGCCGUGCCCGAAGAAGUGCAUCGAAUGGCUGAGCGAUACUCCGCAUGGAAGCAAAGAAAGGUGCAGGAUAAAGAACGAGAACGCCUAGACGCAGGUGGUGGUGGCGGCGGUUAUCGUGGUGGAGACAGAGAUGGGGGCGGUCGUAGAUAUGGCGGCGGCGGUGGCAGUAGCUACGGUGGAAGCGGCUAUGGUGGAAGCUAUGGAGGUGGCGGUGGCCGACGUGGCAGAGGUCGCUCAGGUGGUUGGUAGAGAUAUCAUGUCCCCAUUUUAUUGGUGGCCGAUAUACCAAAGACUGAUGCAUCCACAAUAGUAUUGAUAUAAAUUAAGAGCGUGAAUAUAUGGUUAGAAAGACGUACAUAUGUAACGUAAGAAUUUUUUAUUUUUUUCAUUUCAAUAGGUGGAUAAGAUAUCUCGAUAAAGAAAAAAUGUUCCUUAGAAACAGUAUUAGCACGUAAGUUUCUUACUGCCUAUUUUUCUAACCGUUGUUGAAUCAGGGUAGUAUAAGAAUAUAUAUUAGUUACGUUAUCAGGGUUUUAUUCAUUUUAGUUUUAUUCAUUGAUCGUUUUUCAUCUCAUGGCCUUAUUGGAGAGCCGCGGGGUCUAGGUAUAAUAGCUAGGCAUAGUUCUAUCCUCAGUUGACUUUGUAUACGAAAAUAUUUUAUUGUUAACUAAAACAUAAGUACUGAAUGAAAGUGCUGUGAUGAAUGCAAGGUAUUAAAUCUCCAGAUUGUCAGUUUAUAUUCAUAAACGUAUUAGUGAGGAUCCUCGUGUUCUAAUGAAAAGUGUAUUUGGCGUAACAUAUUGAGUACCUGUACACCAGUCAGAAAUGACAAAUACUGUUAAAAAUCUAAAAACAUAUAAUAAGAUUAGUCAAGCGGCAUUUGACCAAGUAUACAAGUUAAUUUGUACGUUUAAUCAGUAAUAAAUAUGCCUCGAACAACGUAAA